AUGGCGAUGCCGUUAUCCCACCUGGUGAAUGGAGUGCUGUACCGCAAGAAGUCGGUCGCACCAGCCGAAGCUCGUGCGCUUCAACCCAUCUGUGGUACGUUCGAUCCGCAGUCGGCUCAGCUUAAUUCGACAUGGAUUUGAUGGAAUGAGCUGAUUUGGGAAACAUUUGAGUGGCGGUACAGCUGCACUCGAGGUACACAACUGGAAGACGGCCCAGCUCGCGGUUGCGAAACAGCUCAAGAAGCUGCCGCAUCACUACCUGGCCCAUGUCAGUCAGUUCGAAAGAGGUAUAUCCUGGUUUGAGAAUAUAACGACUGAACUCAUUAUUUGGUCCAUCAGGCGCUGAACUGCUUGGCACUUAGUGGACCUCGACCGAUGUCUGAUUCGGCUCGCAAGGAGAUUCAGUCGACGAUCGAGUACAUCAAGACCCACACGAACGGAGCCGGGCUCGGCGAUCCCGAGACACUGUUGGUACUCGCGUGUACUAUAGCUGCGGUGAACGACGACAAAGGUGAGUAGAGUGAGAGUCACCAUCGCGGCACAGCUGGCUCGGACAGAAGCUCAGGCUCACUUACGCCUGUAACACUGAACUGUGCAACAGACGCUGCUCAUGAAGAGGUCGAUGCGCUUAUGAGCCUCGCGGUUGAGCGGCAUCCAAAUAAGGAAGAUGUCAACAUCGAAGCAUUCCAAGCCUUUGUCCGCUCGGGAAAUUACAAGAGUGCCCAGCAGGUUCGUCUGACCCGAACCUCACCAUGAAAGAUUCUUCAGUUGCUGAUCCGUCUCUCUGCUCUAACGCGGUAUACAGACGAGUAUACGGCUGCACAAAAACAAUCCGAACCAAACGCACUACCUGUGGUGGUCGGUCGCGGCGAUCCUCCUGCGGGUCCGCAGCUCACCAACAACAGCAGGGGCGGACGUGGACAAGACGAACGAGGUGCUGCUGACUUUGGCCGAGCGACAGUUGGCUACCCACUUCAAGCCAACCUCGGAAGGAGCAACCAGCGACCAGGACCAAAAAUACGAAUCCGAUCACGAGUUCUAUCUCGUCACACGCUUCCUUGAACUCUGUGCAGUACACUGGCCGUCGGACUCGACGUCGGCAUCAGUUUUUCCCUCGAUCCCUCGUUCGACGGGGGAGCUGACACCUACGGCCAGGCUACUGCGGCACUUGGCAUCACCCGAAGCGGACUCGUAUUGCGCAACUGGACUAGGACUGAAGAUUUGGAGACGGGAGGUCGAGUUGAAGCACGGAUCCAGGGCAAGCGGGGAGUGGAAGGCGGGCUGGGAACGGAUGAAGAAAGGGAUAGAGGAAGGGUCAGUUCUCUUCCGGCGAAAGCAGAUCUUGGGUCGCACGAGCUCACAUUUUGAUUGGCCCCGCUUUCACAGGGAUACCAAUUGGCACACCCUCCUCUACCUCAUCCGCUCCGCUUUCGCUAUGGCUGACGACUCUUCCCUCGCCUUUGCUGGCUCGUCCGAUUCGUCGGAUUUUACACCUCGGUCGUCACCGACUGCGGAGGGACAGCAGUUAGUCGCUGAGACCCGGAAACUCCUCGAACAGUUCUCCGAAGGGCUUCAUGCCUCUUCGGCACCUCAUGAACGAGGGUAUCUGCUUGGUCUUUUGGAGAUCGCCCGAGAAAAUCGGCGAAGAGAAUGGGACGAGGGCUCGGAGCGAUUGGGAAAGCUGGUGACGAGGUACUUCGAGCGGUUCGAGGGCAAGAUGUGCUGCUUUGAUGACCUGCGAGCAUACCUCGAGGUCCUUGACGAGGAGGAGUCAAGACAGGCCAGGGAAAAAUUGGAAGAGAGGGGCAACAGUGCUGGUGAUCUCGUAAGUUCUGUACUCAUCAGAGAAGUUUCGGGUUUUCGCUCAACUAGAUUUGACCAUUCCCUUUAGACGGAAAAGCAGGCGUAUUCGCUCAUCAACGCCGCCAAGAUCGCACGCUUCCUCGCUCCGUCGUCGACUUCGGCUGAAGCCCAAGUCAUCCUCGCCCAUUCCUACCUCACUCGAUACUUCCAGGUGCUACCCCUUGGGUUCCACCUCGACUCGACUGAUCUCCAGCCGGCGGACGACUUUGCUCUUCUGGCCGCGCAAGCCUUCGUCUCAGCCUACCAUCUCGAUCGUGACCGAAGUCGACUUGAAUCGGCCUUGCUCGUCCUCGAUUAUGCCCUGCAGCGAUCCAGACACAAGUACCAGAUCAGGUUGUUGGCAAUCAAUAUCCAGCGGCAAUUGGGAGCGUCUUCGAUAGCGAUGGAUCUCAACAGGAGCUUGGGGAUCAAGUCGAUCCAGUUCGAUACGCUUAUCCACGUCGCUGCCACCAGGGGUUCGACUUUUGCCAAUGCCGCAGGCGCCACCACGUCGGCGAACGAUGCCGGUAUUCUGGACGAAUUGAGAAAAGCCAACAAGUGGUAUGGUGCUGGGCUUGACGAAGCAGCCGACAUGGUCGUUCGCGUGUUUAUGCUUCACAACUUUUCCAAAGUCAGUCGACGCCUGAGUGAAGCUACAGGUAUACUCGGCGCAGGAGCGUUCAUUACACGUCCUUACCGCACAGAUCGAGGAUUUUUUCGAGUUUCAAACGCGCUUGAGCAACUCGUACACCAGAGAUCUCGUGAUCAUUGAGAGUCUGCGCAUUCAACUUCUGCGUGGUGCCGUCAUCAAUCCUUCCCUAGGGUUCACCACCGAUCCUCUCAAGGCCAUUUUACAAUCGUGCGAUGCGGACCGGUAUUCUGAUAAUCGUGAUUUUGAUACGAUCCCAAAUCUGCAGCGUAAAGACGAGGCGUCGAUCUGGGAUCAGACGGGAUUGGGCCCAAGACCGGGACGGGAGUGGUUGACGGCCAUCGCGCAAGCUUAUCAGCGGUUCUUGGAUCCUCUCGCUGUUGUCGAUGGGGAAGACGAGCAGGCAUUCGACUCGACGGAAGUGAGUGGAUCAGCUCCAGAUAUAGGUCAAUUUGUGGCUGACCAUUAUCGCUUCCUGCAGUUGUUGCCAUCCGAGAAGGCGAUGGUCGACUUUUCGCGGCUGGCCGGCAAGGUCUUUGUGGCCGCAUUGGACGAUCCCAAGCCCGAACAGCUAGCACACUCCUUCUUCUCGGGUAAGUAUUUGGUUCUGUUUGGUACUCAUGAUGUCAUGUCUGACGAGAGAAAAUUCGCCUCCAUCCGUGUGCAGAUCAACUUGCGUCGCUCACGUCUGCGAUCGAGGACUCGGCACGGCUUCCGUGGGAGGUGCUAUCCAUUGCUGCGAAUGCGUUCGAGGUAAGCACUAUCUCAAUCAGUUUUUAGGCAGCCAUAUAAGCUCGCACUUACCGAUCGCACUGCCCAGGCCUACUGUCUACUCGACCUCGCCCUCGGGAUCGUAACGGAGCAUCUGACCUCCACAAAGGCGACUGACCACGCCAAACACGUCAAAAGGCUACGCAACUUCCGCACCAAAUCCCGGGAGGCGACGCAGAAAAUCGGAAAAGAAGUGACGAACUGGGCCAAGAAGGUCGGGAAGGAGAGGAAUAAGGUCAUUGGGAACGUUGUGACGUUGAAGCAGUUUGAGAAGGUACGUGGUGGGAUCUUGCGACUUCGUCUCUCCGACUAGAUCACGCAGGUAGUGAUCGUCGAAAUGAUGCUGACUCUCGAACACAUCUCAUGAUACUCACAGUUUGACGAUGACACGGUCCUCGAUUGGGCCCAUGCGUUGGUCGAGUCGAGGAAGAAUUCGGCCGAGACGCUGGGCGCGGCGAUCCAUCGCAGGUGUAUCAAAUAA